AUGGAUAAAGGAUUCACAGUAGCAGUGGCUGCCGGGAAUGAGAACAGCGACGCCUGCCAGGUUUACCCUGCAAACUUCAAACGGGAUAUCACCGGGGCGUAUAUUGGCAGCGAUUACAAGGUAGAAACAGUGAGUGGCACCUCUGAAGCCACGCCUAUCGUUGCAGGAGCUGCUGCUAUUCUUCUGUCGACACAGAAAGAUUUGACCCAUGAUCAAGUGAAAGCCAAGCUUCUCAGCAAUGCCACACCGAAUGUGCUUCAGACACCGCUGCCGGCGGGAUCACCUAACCUACUGGUCUAUGUGUAA